AUGAUUUAUAAGAUUUUUAGACGGAAGGUAGAGAUUCAAAACAGUCUGAAAAGGAAGGUGCGCAGCUUCUUGUCUCUCUCCAACCCAAUAGCAUUUCAUCUGUGUGUGGCCUUAAAAGUUCAAAAGAUCAAGGUGUCCUUAGACGAGCUUAGAAAAGAUGCAAUUGGGUAUGGGCUUGGAGUUCUAUAUACAACUCCUCAACCUAGCCUGCACCCAAAGACAGACUCUUUCCUUGGCAGCUCAGAAGUUGUCAUAGGAAGGGUUGAUGAUGUCUCUAAAAUUAUGAACUUGAUGGUUAGCUCUUGCAGACAACAAGUUCUUUCUGUCAUUCCUAUAGUGGGAAUGGCCGGGCUCGGAAAGACCACCCUAGCCAAAAUGGUGCUCAAAGAAGUAAAAGAUAGAAAACUUUUUGAUGUGAUAUUUUGGAUCUGUGUUUCUGAUAGUUUUGAUGAUGAAAGGAUUUUAGGAGAAAUGUUGCAAACUCUUGAUAAAAACACUGGUGGGAUAAGUAAUAUAAAUACAAUAAUGACAAAUCUUGAAAGACAGUUGAAGGAUAAAAAAUUUCUUCUCGUACUUGAUGAUGUGUGGAAUGAAGAAUAUGGGAAGUGGGAGAGUUUAAGGGAUCGUCUGUUAAAAGUUGUUGGGAUUAAUCAUGGUAAUGCUGUUGUUGUGACGACUCGUCUUCCAUUAGUAGCAUCCAUAAUGGAGAAUCCUCCUGUGUUUAGGCAUGAACUGAAACAACUGUCAAAUGAUGAAUGUUGGUCAAUUAUUAGGAAAAUUGUGUCUAGAAAUGGAGGAGAGUCGAUUCCUUCAGAAUUGGAGGCUGUCGGAAUCGAUAUUGCAAAAAAGUGUGGGGGAGUACCAUUAGCUGCUAGUAUUAUAGGGGGAAUGUUGCUUUCUGAGAAGAAGGAAAAAUGGUUGUCCAUAAAAAAAAAUGAAGCUGUUGAGAAGUUUAAUCUUACUAAAAAACUUUUACCAGUGUUGAAAUUAAGUUUCGAUCACGUGUCUUCUGAAUCUUUGCAACGAUGUUUUGCUUAUUGCUCUAUUUUUCCGAAAGAUUUUGAGAUUGAAAAGGAGAAAUUGAUUCAGCUUUGGAUGGCUGAAGGGUUGCUUGGGCCAUCUCAUGGAGAGAUGGAAGAUACAGGUGCUAGAAAUUUUAAUGACUUGCUUGCACGCUCGUUUUUCCAAGAUUUCCAAACGGAUGAGCUUGGAAACGUAAUCUGUUGCAAGAUGCGCGAACUUGUGCACGAUCUUGCUUCGUUGGUGACAAAAUCAGAGACAGUGAUUUGGGAGGCUGGUUCAGCUAUAGACGGUACAUUUCGUGCCCGACAUCUAAAUCUCCUUUCUUAUGACAGAGAUGGACCAGCAUUUCUAAAGGAUGGUGCUAGAAAAUUGCGUACAUUAUUCAGCAAGUCUUGGGAAUUUAGAGGUUUGCGAAGUCUGACCUUGAAUGUUGCCUAG